AUGGAUGGCCCUGAUCAGAUUGGCCCCGACCAUCGUCCCCGGCGGACAUGGGCCGACCACACUCGGAGACUCGUCAAGACUUUUACUACCAGAGAGGGAUUGAUCGGAGACUAUGACUACGCCUACCUGUUUACGCCGCAUAUUCCCUUCGUGAGCAAAACCAGGAGAUCGGCACCCUUUUUCGGCCUAGAAGAUCGAGUACCCGUGUUGUUGGCUUUGAUUCUUGGUCUGCAGCAUGCCUUGGCGAUGCUGGCUGGAGUUAUCGCCCCUCCGAUUCUCCUGGGUGGCUCCGCCGCCGCCAACUUCUCCGGCGACGAUUAUCAAUAUCUGGUCUCGACAUCCCUGAUCGUCUCCGGACUGCUGUCGGCCGUUCAGAUGACCCGCUUCCAUGUCUACAAAACGCGAUUCUACGUUGGCACCGGUCUGAUCUCGGUGGUGGGUACCUCGUUUGCCACCAUCACGGUCGCAACGGGCACCUUUAGUCAGAUGUAUAGCUCUGGGUACUGCCCAGUCGAUGGCCAAGGCAACCGCUUGCCUUGUCCUAAAGGCUAUGGAGCUCUCCUGGGUACUUCGUGUCUUUGCUCCUUGCUGGAAAUUGGGCUGUCAUUCAUGAGUCCCAAAGUCCUGAAGCGGAUCUUCCCCCCUCUGGUGACGGGCCCGACGGUCUUGCUUAUCGGAGCGAGUCUCAUCGAGAGCGGCAUGAAAGACUGGGCCGGCGGCUCUGGUAGCUGCGGCAGCGACCCUUCCGCCCGAGCCUUGUGUCCCAACGCAGAUGCACCGCACGCCCUUCCUUGGGGUAGCGCCGAGUUCAUCGGCCUCGGCUUCCUGGUCUUCUUGACCAUCAUUCUCUGCGAGCGCUUCGGCUCGCCCAUCAUGAAAUCAUGCGCCGUCGUGAUCGGUCUGCUGGUCGGAUGCAUCGUGGCGGCCGCCUGCGGCUACUUCGACCGCUCCAGCAUCGACGCCGCUCCCGUCGUCUCCUUCAUCUGGGUCAAAACCUUCCCGCUCACCAUCUACCCGCCCCUGAUCCUGCCUCUGCUGGCCGUCUACAUCGUGAUCAUGAUGGAAUCCAUCGGCGACAUCACGGCCACCUGCGACGUCUCCCAACUCGAAGUCGAAGGCGCCACCUUCGACUCCCGCAUCCAAGGCGGCGUGCUCGGCAACGGAUUCACCUGUCUCCUGGCCGGUCUCUGCACCAUCACGCCCAUGUCCGUGUUCGCGCAGAACAACGGCGUCAUCGCGCUGACCAAAUGCGCCAACCGCAAAGCCGGCUACGCCUGCUGCUUCUUCCUCGUCGUCAUGGGCAUCUUCGCCAAAUUCGCCGCCGCCCUCGUCGCCAUCCCUAGCUCCGUCCUCGGCGGCAUGACCACCUUCCUGUUCUCCUCCGUCGCCGUCUCCGGUAUCCGCAUCAUCUCCACCGUGCCAUUCACCCGUCGCAACCGUUUCAUCCUCACGGCCUCCUUCGCCAUCGGUAUGGCCGCUACCCUGGUGCCCGAGUGGUUCCAGUAUUUCUUCACCUAUAGCGGCGACAAUCACGCUCUGCAGGGCCUGCUCGACGCCGUGGUUCUGGUCAUGACGAACGGCUUCGCCGUGACCUCCGUGCUCGGGUUGAUUCUGAACCUGCUGAUCCCGGAGGAGCCGGAAGAAGAAACGGCCGUUGUGGAUUCGCGGAGCGAAGCACCUGUUGAGGAGCCAAAGGGGACUCCCGAACCGUAUACGAAAGCGGAUCAGUCCGAGGGGUCUAGAAGCAUGUAA